ACCUUUUGUUUCUCUCAGUUCAACUUUCUCUCUCUAGAAAGGUUCAGUUUCUGUUUUUUUUUUUUUUUUAAUCUAUCAGAAAAUAGUGACAGAGAAUACGGAGCAGAACACAAAUGUCGGAGCCAAAAGACCCGGCGAUCAAGCUUUUUGGUAAGACGAUUCCUUUGCCUGAGGCAUCUCAAGAAGCUGCUGCUGCUUCUGUUACUUCUGGUGAUGAUAAUCUUGAUCAGGAUGAGGAUCGAGUUUGCUCCACGAGCUCUUCACCAGAGGAUGAUAAGAGCAGGGAUGGAGGGGAAGAGAAAGAAGAUGAAAAGGAUGUGUUGGGAGAUAAAGCUGUUGAGACAAAACUUGAAGUUAGAGGUGGAAAGGAAGAUGAAGAUUUGGGUAAACAGGAAGAUGAAACUACAACAGUUACUUCUGGAGAGUCUGGAAAUCCAGAAGCAAACUCAGGAGAAAAUGAGAACUCAAAAGCACCCUCUGUUGAGAAGGAGAGCACUGCAUCAAAAACUCUAAAGACAGAAGAGGAUCAAAGUGAAACAAGUAACUCACAGGAAAAACCCUUGAAGAAACCUGAUAAAAUUCUUCCAUGUCCGCGCUGCAAUAGCAUGGAUACCAAGUUCUGUUACUAUAACAAUUACAAUGUUAACCAACCCAGGCACUUUUGCAAGCACUGCCAGAGAUACUGGACAGCUGGUGGAACAAUGAGGAAUGUCCCUGUGGGUGCUGGACGCCGCAAGAACAAGAACUCAGUUUCUCACUACCGUCAGAUAACUGUCUCUGAAGCACUUCAAAAUGCUCAAAUGGAUGUUCCAAAUGGAGUACACCACCCUGCACCGAAGGCUAAUGGUACAGUUCUCACCUUUGGUUCAGACAUGCCCCUUUGUGAAUCAAUGGCUUCUGUUUUGAACCUUGCAGAUAAAACAAUGUGGAAUCACACACGAAAUGGUUUUCAUAAACCUGAAGAAUUAAAGAUUCCAGCUUCUUAUCAACGAGGAGAAGCUGGUGAGAUUUCAAAUGUAUCUUCUGUCCCAGCUUCAAUUUCAAAGGAUGAAGUGGGCAAAGCCCGGUUGCAAGAUCAGAUGAUUCAGCCCUGUCCGGGUUGCCCUCCUCAAGUACCAUGUUUUUCUGGGGCUCCUUGGCCUUACACAUGGAAUUCAACUCAGUGGAACUCUCCAGUACCCCCUCCUGCUUUCUGCACUCCAGCCUUCCCUAUGCCUUUCUAUCCUGCAGCAGCUUACUGGGGUUGUACUGUGCCAGGUGCUUGGGCUGUACCUUGGCUUCCUCAACCAUCUUCACCAAAGCAAACCGUCCCAGGCUCUGGCCCUAAUUCCCCCACCUUGGGGAAACAUUCAAGAGAUGAGAGCAUGGGCAAACCAAGCAGCUCUGGAGAAGAGGAUCUAGUAAAACAAAACAGUUCUGACAGAUACCUUUGGAUUCCAAAAACAUUGAGGAUUGAUAACCCAGGAGAAGCUGCAAAGAGCUCUAUAUGGACGACUUUGGGAAUUAAGAAUGAUAAGGCUGAUCAAAUUGGUAGUGGAGGACUCUUCCAAGCCUUCCAAUCAAAGGGUGAUGAAAGGAAGUCGGUUCCUGAACCAUCUCCUGUCUUACAAGCAAAUCCAGCAGCAUUGUCUCGGUCAAUCAACUUCCAUGAAAACUCAUAAUUCUGUAGGUUAUGACUUUUAAUAGAUUCUUGCCCUUUGCAGUGCAUGGCAACUUAGUAGAUCACGAAGCAGGGCGGAGUAGGAUAGGAAGAAGAUUUCCUGCAACAUCCUAGCGCUAGCAUGGUAGAUUGCUUAGUUGAAGGAAAAACUGAUUUUUAUCCCUAUUUUUGUUUCCCUUUUUCUGAAUGGUGUUUGAGUAGGUACUUUUUGUUUUCAGUUAGAUGGUUUGCGAGUUCAUGUAUGUAAGUGUUUAUGAAGAAAGGUGAGAAGUAGUGGAGUGACUUUCUGUACCAUAAUCCCAGUUGUAAUUGAAUAAAUUGGGAACCAGAGUCAAUCUUCGUAUUGUUUUCCAUCCUUUUUAGAGUGUCCUUAAAUUGCCUGGGCAAGCAGUAUGAUCUUCGAUGA